UCCAGCCAGGGCAACAGGACUUGGAGGCCACCCAAGACCGCAGCUGGCUGCCGCUGGGUCCCCGGGCCAGCUCUUGGCCCCGAUGGAUCGUCUGGGCUGGAGAGUUUGGCUCCAUCGAGACCACCCUGAGCGGAGCUCAGAGCACAGGAGACCUGGGGCGGCAAGGCUGACGGAGGGGGCCCCCCGCGUGCGUUCAGGCAGUGAACUCCGGUGUGAGAUGGAGUGGGUGUGGGCGCUCGUGCUGCUGGCGGCUCUGGGAGGCGGCCGCGCCGAGCGCGACUGCAGGGUGAGCAGCUUCCGAGUCAAAGAGAACUUCGACAAGGCUCGUUUCUCUGGGCUCUGGUAUGCCAUCGCCAAAAAGGACCCCGAGGGUCUCUUUUUGCAAGACAACAUCAUCGCUGAGUUUUCUGUGGACGAGAAGGGUCAUAUGAGCGCCACAGCCAAGGGACGAGUCCGUCUUCUGAGCAACUGGGAAGUGUGUGCAGACAUGGUGGGCACUUUCACAGACACCGAAGAUCCUGCCAAGUUCAAGAUGAAGUACUGGGGUGUAGCCUCCUUUCUCCAGCGAGGAAAUGAUGACCACUGGAUCAUCGAUACGGACUACGACACCUUCGCUCUGCAGUACUCCUGCCGCCUGCAGAAUCUGGAUGGCACCUGUGCAGACAGCUACUCCUUCGUGUUUUCUCGUGACCCCAAUGGCCUGACCCCAGAGACACGGAGGCUGGUGAGGCAGCGGCAGGAGGAGCUGUGCCUAGAGAGGCAGUACAGGUGGAUCGAGCACAAUGGUUACUGUCAAAGCGUACCCUCAAGAAACAGUUUGUAGCAACAUCGAGGAUAUGAAGUUUGAAAACGUCUGAUUAACUCUCAUCCAGUCUUCAACUCUAUUUAUCUUAAAAGUUUAGUUUCCCCACCUCCCUUACCUUCUCUAGGUGGACAUUAAAACAUCGCCCAGGUACAUAGGAACGACUGAAUCUGUUCACACAAACGUAUGUCUUACUGAAGUUCCCUGAGAGAUGUUUGAGGCUUGGGUUUCCAAACUUGAUUUAUUAAACAUAUACUCACCAUCUUCCAAUGA